CCGGAAUGCUCACUGGAGAAGUUUCUUGAUAGAUCUUACAACCAAAAAAGACCAUAAUUGGUCCAAAAUAGAGACAUUUUCAGAAGCCUGUGCGGGUGAAGACUCUGCGCCACCAAUUUGGUCAGUUGACCAAGCUUUUUGCAGAGAGAAGAAAGAUGGAAAGUAAUGCAGUUUUACUGGAAUCCAAGUCCUCUCCUAUCAACCUACUGAAUGAAAUGCAUCAGCUGCGUCUCCUGGGCCACCUCUGCGACGUGACUGUCAGUGUGGAGUAUCAAGGUGUCAGGGCAGAGUUUGUUGCCCACAAGGCUGUCUUGGCAGCAACAAGCAAGUUUUUCAAGGAGGUGUUCCUUAACGAGAAGGGCAUGGAUGGCCCAAGGACCAAUGUGUUCUUGAAUGAGGUCCAGGUUGCUGAUUUUGCUUCCUUUCUUGAGUUUGUCUACACUGCUAAGGUAGAAGUGGAAGAAGACAGAGUGCAGCGUAUGCUAGAAAUAGCCGAAAAGCUGAAGUGCUUGGACCUCUCGGAAACCUGCUUUCAGUUAAAGAAGCAGAUGCUUGAAUCGGUGCUGUUGGAGUUGCAAAACUUCUCAGAAUCACAGAACUCUGAGGAAGAGAGCGCUACCCAGCCGAGCAUUUUGCUCGAGUCCAAAGCAGCUGCUGUGGCAGAAGCAGACCGGGCAGGCUGUCCUCUGGAUCCUCCAGGUUCCCCAGGAGGCAGGCCCAGCAAUGGAAUGUCUUCUGAGAUGCCGGCUACCAAAUCGAAAGAGAAAAUGGACAAAAAGAAGGAAAUUAUGAAGCCUCCUUACGCCAAAAUCAGAAGGGCAAGCGGGAGGCUGGCUGGGAGGAAAGUGUUUGUGGAAAUCCCGAAGAAGAAAUACACGAGGCGGCUAAGAGAGCAGCAGAAGAACGCAGAGGCUGCUGUUGAAGAAAGCAAAUAUCCUCAAGAUCAGGAUAUGUGUGAUACGGAGAGAGAGGAGGAGCAAGCAGAGAACAACGUCAAACCUGAAAGCGAAGAAUGCGAUGGCAACUUUGAAUCGGAAGAAAACCUAAAAAAAUCUGAAGAGGAUAAAAAGAAACGAGGCAGUAACUUCAAGUGCAGCACGUGCGAGAAGGAAUUCCUGUACGAGAAAAGUUUCCUCAAGCACAUAAAGCACAGCCACGGCAUUGCAGCCGAAAUCAUUUAUCGGUGCGAAACCUGCAGUCAGACCUUUGCCAACCGGUGCAACCUAAAAAGCCAUCAGCGCCAUGUCCACAGCAGCGAGCGCCACUUCCCUUGUGAGCUCUGCGGUAAGAAGUUCAAGCGGAAGAAGGACGUCAAGAGGCACAUUCUCCAGGUUCAUGAGGGUGGUGGGGAGCGUCAUCAGUGCCAACAGUGUGGAAAGGGGUUGAGCUCCAAAACUGCCUUGAGGCUCCAUGAAAGGACGCAUACAGGCGACAAGCCUUAUGGGUGCACAGAGUGUGAGGCUAAAUUUUCUCAGCCUUCUGCACUUAAAACACACAUGAGAAUCCAUACUGGUGAAAAACCUUUUGUCUGUGAUGAGUGUGGCGCCAGGUUCACUCAGAAUCACAUGCUUAUAUAUCACAAGCGAUGUCACACAGGGGAAAGGCCUUUCAUGUGUGAAACAUGCGGGAAGAGCUUUGCCUCUAAGGAGUACUUGAAACACCAUAAUCGAAUCCAUACUGGAUCCAAACCGUUCAAAUGCGAAGUUUGCUUCAGAACGUUUGCACAGAGGAACUCGCUUUACCAGCACAUAAAAGUUCACACAGGUGAGCGACCCUACUGCUGUGACCAGUGUGGUAAGCAGUUCACGCAGCUGAACGCGCUGCAGCGUCACCACCGAAUACACACCGGCGAGAAGCCCUUCAUGUGCAACGCCUGCGGCCGAACUUUCACGGACAAGUCCACCCUCCGCCGGCACACUUCGAUACACGAUAAAAACACCCCCUGGAAGUCCUUCCUUGUCAUUGUUGAAGGAGCAUCUAAGAACGACGAAGGUCACAAAACGGAGCUUCCCGACGAAGAAUAUGAUGUGUCACCUAAAAUACCAGAGAAGCUGCUGUCUUUCUCUGAAAACGGCCACUAUCAAAGCUUGACCGCUGUCCCGGGGAGCGUGACUGCGCUGCACGACAACGGUUCUGCCACGGGAACAGACUGUAAGUCGGACGGGACUCCAGGACCCCAGGAAGCCCUUAUAGCCACCACUCUGAGUGAGCUGACAGUGCUACAUACACAGACAGACUCUAUUCAGCCACAGCUUCACGCUCUGGUGAAUAUGGAGUAAUGGGGUAUUUGUGACUCCAGUUUAAGCUGCACCCUUUGUAUAGUCCUUUGACUUUGCCAGUAACCUGCUGAGGGAACCAGGGGAAGCUAUUGCAAGGAAGCAGGGCUAGAGGUGAAAGGCAUGCACUGGAUUUCCAGAAUUUCCUCAAACAAUUCAUUAUCCACCUCCAUCUCCCCAAGGUAGGGCAGGGUGACACCACAGCAGGGUGGGGGCAGAGGAGGCAGGAGUCCCGGGAGGUUUGUUCUCUACAAUUAAGAGGGUGUCAUUCAGCUUGUUUGCUCUAGCCGGCCUGCAGUGAGAGCGAGCACCUGUACUCAGCUAGGUUAUAACGAAGGUGCGAGUGUGAUUUCCAGUUGAUUUAAUGACACACGUACAAUCAAGAGAAACGACGUUGUGUUUCUCAGCCUCGUAGCUUAGUGAAUUGCGUUUUCCCCAGUGGAAAUUCAUAGAUAAAAUAAGUUUUGCUCAGUCGCUUUUCCAGGAAAUGUUGGUUUAUCUCUGCUUUUGCCAGAGAUCUGAGCAGUGAGCCAGCUCGCUCCUUGGGAAUACGAGCGGGAGCAGGCUUUGGGAAGAUGCGGAGUUUCAUUCCAGGAGUUUUGAUUCUCUAGUUGCGAAACGGGGAAGUGGGAGCCAAGCGCUGCGUCUGUACAGGCCGUGGCAGUAUUUCCACGUUUCAGUGAAACCUGGUGCAGUUUGACACCUGCAUUCGGUCAGUCUUUGUCUUCUAACACUCCAGCCGACACAUAACUUGGCAAUUAAGAGACCAAAGCAUCUCCUGUAAAAACAUCUAGCUAGGGUAGAAAGCGAGCUUGUCGGCGCUGUCCUGGUCACUUGUAGCUAGGCUGUUUUCUGCUGGUUCAGAUAGGUCAGCAAUGCUUUUCUCCACCGUCACUUCAGCGUCGCUGUUGCUCAGAACUGCAGACCUACUUUUACAUCAGUACUCCGGUGGGAAAAGGUAAUUACUGUUUUGCUGUCGAGCUGCUACAGCUAAUUCCCACCAGUGCUAGAGUCUCCAGGGGUAAAUUCAGUUACAAACGGGAGGCAGGCAGGCAGGCAGGCAGGGUUCGUAGGACUAAUGGGAUAAAAAGAUGCAAAUAAGCGAAAAAUAUACUGGGCUAUUUGAGGCAUCUAGACCUUUAUUUCCCAGAUCGCGAAUACUUUGCCUGUAAGGCUCUGUUGGAACCUGAACGGCAGGUUUAAGCUUGUGUCUGUUUAACGGUCCCUGGUGAGGCCUUAAGUGAUGAACGAACAUAGAGUUCAAAGGCUUUUCCUGAUUGUAGUGGAAUAACCCUGGCACCGCGCCUUUUGUUGUUUGUUUUAAAUAAGGAAAGGUGAGGAGCAGAGGGACUCAGGGUCCCAGGUGUGACUUGCGUUCAGCUCACGCUCCGACGCCCGCUGGGGUUGGAUCCCAGCACCACCCACCGCUCUGAGAAUCACCCUUCUAUUUGGGCGCUUCUCACCCAGAGAGACAGCGCCUUCCUUAGUGUCCCCUCCCCUUCCCAGGGAGACCAGCCCCUUGUUUGCCCCAGUCCCGGCCAGUAGCUGGGAAAGCCGAGAGGGUUUCUGUCCAGGGUCAGCAAUUUCUGUGUUCCCAGAAGCUUGGGCACCUUUGCUAACACCGAAGCUGAACUGGAUGAGAAAGUUCCUGUGGCUGACCUCACGUUAACCUCACUGGAGUGCCUGGGAGGAUUUGGGAUGUUUCCCGCGCAGGGAAGUAGCUGGCGCUGCCAGAGAAACAGCCGACGGGGGUGACUCGGUUUCGGGAGCAGCGUUGAAUCAACAGCAACUUGCUGGUAUGGUUAGUGCUUCAAACUCAGGACCAGAUUCCCAGUGCCACCGUGUAAAAAUGUGGAGCUUUUCUAAUUAAUUUUCCUGUUGCUCUUUAUUUUCAUAUUAACGUGGUAUUUCCACAGAAGCUUUCUCAGCUGAAGCUGUGAGAAAAACUUUCUGAAACAAAGAUUGCAGUAGCGUGAAGGUAAGCACAAUCAAGCCUUGUUAGGGCCAGUUCUAAGGCUUAGGGGUUGGCAAAGCAAUAAAGACAGCCAAACCGUGGCACAGAGCUAUUUUUGAACCUUAAAGGGAUGCCUGAUGUGUUACCAUGGAAUCAUAACUUAAUCUAUAGAAAGGGAAUUUUUUUAAAGAGAACACUUCCAAGAGGUUAUAUUUGAAAUAUUUAUUCAAGCACGACGUUCCUGUUGAAGCCUAAUAUUCCCAAUGACCAAUGUAAAGCACUUGUAGAUAUAUUUAAAGUCUGAGCAUUAGUACCUGUAGCCAGGGAACCUUUUGUACUCCAUGAAUGUACGGAAGUGAGUUACUCGUAUGAACUGUUCUUAUUAAAAUACUGAAAUCUUAAGCCUGA